AUGAACAAAUUGAUUAUCUGUGCGUUGUUCAGUCUUUUUCUAAAUCUGACCACGGCGGCUAAUUUAAAUUGUAGCGACAAAUACUGCUUGUACAUCUUAGAUAGUUUAUAUUAUUAUUACGGAAGCAUAAGAGACAGUUACUGCUCUCAAAAUGGCAAACGUAAUGACUUUGGAUCAAUUGAAAUUUACGACGACCAAAAUUUUACCACCGAGUUAUAUAUAAGCAACACAACUUCAAACAAAGAUAGCCAAAAAAUGCUAAGAUAUUUUAAGUUGGAUUCAAGAUUCAAGUUGUCAGUUUUAUGUUCCAUAAAAGGCAAAUACUACUAUUACACGUGGUAUGAUGGUCAUUACGAAUGCCUGAGGUUAGGUGGUAGUUUGGCUGUCUUGGAUGAUUUGAGUGCUGAUGAAGUCAAUCAAAUGUGGGUUCAGCUAGCUCUGCAGAAUGGUCAUUAUUGGAUUGGACUGACCAAAGCGUUGCUCACCUGGAAGAAAUCAGGACUUGCUUUCACAUACACCAAUUGGUUGGGAUCAUAUCCAUAUGAUUUAAUAGAUAGACCUUGCAUUUGUUUAUCAACAUAUUUCCCAAACAACCCUAUCUACAACAAUAAUUGCAGUGGAAUUUAUAAUAUCAUUUGCAUGGAGGGUUGA